AUGGGGAGCAAAGAGCAAAAAGUCACCGGGAUCCCAAUGCUGUCCAGAGUCGCACAGCCCUGCGACGCAGGUCGCAUUUUAGACAUCCCUUGCAAAGUGUGUGGGGACCGCAGCUCCGGGAAACACUAUGGGGUUUACGCCUGCGAUGGGUGCUCGGGAUUUUUCAAGCGGAGCAUCAGGAGGAAUAGGACCUAUGUUUGCAAAUCGGGAAAUCAGGAACUCUACUCCCGCGGGCACAAGGAGGAGAGUGGCGGCGCCCCGCACUUCCCCGCUGCAGCCCUGCCGGCGCCCGCCUUCUUCACCGCCGUCUCCCAGCUGGAGCCCCACGGCCUGGAGCUGGCCACCGUCGCCGGCACCCCUGAGAGGCAAGCUCUGGUGGGCCUGGCGCAACCCACCCCAAAGUACCCACAUGAAGUCAACGGUACCCCUAUGUAUCUCUACGAAGUGGCCACCGAAUCUGUCUGCGAGUCAGCAGCCAGACUUCUGUUCAUGAGCAUCAAGUGGGCCAAGAGUGUCCCAGCCUUCUCCACCUUGUCCUUACAAGACCAGCUGAUGCUUUUGGAAGAUGCUUGGAGAGAACUGUUUGUUCUAGGAAUAGCACAAUGGGCCAUUCCAGUUGAUGCUAACACUCUACUGGCUGUAUCUGGCAUGAAUGGUGACAAUACAGAUUCUCAGAAGCUGAAUAAAAUUAUUUCAGAAAUACAGGCUUUACAGGAGUGUGUGGCUAGAUUUAGACAACUUCGGCUAGAUGCUACCGAAUUUGCCUGUCUCAAAUGCAUUGUCACUUUCAAAGCUGUGCCUACACACAGUGGUUCCGAACUGAGGAGUUUCCGAAAUGCUGCCGCCAUAGCAGCCCUUCAAGAUGAAGCCCAGCUCACCCUGAACAGCUACAUUCAUACCAGGUAUCCCACACAACCCUGUCGUUUUGGAAAACUCUUAUUGCUUUUACCAGCUUUACGUUCCAUUAGUCCAUCUACAAUAGAAGAAGUGUUUUUCAAAAAGACCAUUGGGAAUGUACCAAUUACAAGACUGCUUUCAGAUAUGUACAAAUCCAGUGACAUAUAA